CAUCUUUCAACUUGGCGGGCUCGAAGCUCACUCCACGGAGUCUCAUUCUCUCCGUCCCCACCCCACCGCUCGCAAACAUGCGGAGAGCCCUCCGCCACCGCCCGCGCAUCCAGCCGCCCACUGAAACACCGCCGGCGCCGUCCUCCCCUCUCCCCUGGUACGCCGCACCGCGGGCGCCGCCAUCGCAUUCGCCGUCCACGACCGAGGCCGACCCCCUGAUCGUUGCCGCCUCCGAAGUCGCGCUCACUCUGCCAGUCCACCCCGCCCCGCUCCCGGCCACGGCGCCGGCGCCGCUCCUGCGACUCCUCCCCGCCUUCACAUCCGCCCACUUCCUCUCCCUCCUACGCUCCAACCCCCUCUCCCUCCCGCCGCUCCCGCUCCUCUCCCUCUUCCGCCUACUUCUUCUCGCUUCCCCUCCCGGCCUCUUCCGCCACACGCCCUCCUCCUUCCUCUCCAUGUCCCACCACCUCCUCCUCCACCGCCUCCCGGACCUCGCUCGCCCGCUCCUCCGCCUCCUAGUCUCCCGACUCGGCCGCUCCUCUCCGCCACGCCUCCUCCCUCUCCUCCUCCCCGCUGCCUCCCCCGGAGACCCCGCCCCUCUCGUCUCCGAACUCGCUGCGGCCUACGCCGACGAGGGCCUCCUCGCCGACGCCUGCUCCCUCGUCCUCCUCGCCCUCCGCGGCGGCACCCGCCUACCGGCGCCCGUGUGUUUCGGCCUCAUGAGCCGGCUCCCCACUACCCCCGAAGCAUACACUUUCUACCUGCAGCUGCUUGACGCCGGCAUGCCCCCGGAGGUCAGGCAGUUCAACGUGCUGAUGCGAGAUUUUGUUAGAUUUGGGGACCUUGCAGGUGCACGCAAAGUGUUCGACGAAAUGCGAACGAGGAGCGUGCAGCCGACUGUGGUCAGCUUCAACACCUUGAUUUCAGGCAUGUGUAGAGCGCGCGAUCUGGACGGUGUAGACGAGCUGUACAAGGGAAUGACGCAGAUGGGUAUCAAACCUGAUGUCUACACUUACAGUGCUCUGAUAAAGGGUUUGUCCAGUUCAGGGAGGAUGGAUGAUGCAACAAUGAUGUUUGGUGAAAUGCGCGAGAGAGGCGUGAAACCCAAUACCAUUGUGUUCACAACAUUGAUUGAUGCACAUUGCAAGGAUGGGGAUGUGAAGGCUGGAAUGGACUUGUACCAGGAUAUGAGGGCAAGGGGUGUGAUGCCAGAUUUGGUGGCAUACAAUGCACUGUUGAAUGGGCUCUGUCGGGCGAGAAAUUUUAAGGCUGCCGAAUGCAUUGUGGAAGAGAUGAGGGGCACAGGUCUGAAGCCAGAUAAGGUGACUUACACCACACUCAUCGAUGGUUGCUGCAAGGAUGGCAAGCUAGACAUGGUGAUGGAUAUCAAGCAGAAAAUGGUGGACAAAGAGGUUGCGUUGGAUGAGGUGACAUAUACAGCACUCAUCUCCGGGUUGAGCAAGGCAGGACGGCCAGUCGAUGCCGAGAGGGUCCUUGUUGAGAUGAUUGAAGCUGGUUUGGAGCCUGACAACACGACCUACACGAUGGUGAUUGACGCCUUCUGUAGGAAAGGCGACGUGAAGACAGGCUUUAAACUACUGAAGGAGAUGCAGAACAAGGGUCGAAAACCAGGAGUUGUGACAUACAACGUGAUUAUGAGUGGCCUCUGCAAGCUGGGGCAGCUGAAGAAUGCCGACAUGCUUCUGCAUGCAAUGCUCAAUAUAGGGGUGUCCCCAGAUGAUAUCACAUACAACAUUCUCUUGGAUGGGCAGUGCAAGCAUAGAAAAGUUACUGAUUCUGAAGAGCUGAAAAGUGCAAAAGGAAUGGUGCCAGAUUUUGGCGUUUAUACUUCACUGAUCAGCGAGCUUGUCAAGAAGAAACCAGCCAAGAGCUACCACGAUAGAUAAGGUUUCUGGGUAAAGGCAUCUUAUGAGUACUUCCUCACCAGUAGAGAACCAUCGGUCUCCGAGAACCGAGAUAGAAAAAUGCAAUAUGAUUAGGCUCUGCAAGUUUAGGCAGACAAAUAUUGCUACUCCACUCCUCGAUGGGGGGAUACUACUUCGCAGCGUAGCAUGGGGAAAGCCUACAUGGUAGAUGGUCUUUUGGUUUUGUAAUUUUACUUAUCUGAUUAGUAAAUAAACAAGAUGGUGACAGAUGUUUACUUGAAAAUUGAAUUCUGAGACGCCUUGAGCAAAAAUUUUAGCAGUAUUGGUUGCUUAUAGGGUUCAAAUGAUUCUCCUUGCUCAGGCAACUCUACUCUCAGGCUGGGUUGAUAGUUGAAAAACCUGAAAUCAUCAUAAGGCAUAUUCUAUGAUUUUUUUAUAUUAAUAUUCUAUGAUUUUGUUCUAGCUCAUGGCUUCUAUUUAAACCUAGUUGUGGUGGAACAGUAACUUUCAUAAGUUUACCCAAUAGAGUCCGAGUCUGCAUAAAAACGUAUGCUUGAUAUGGUCAGUUAUGUUGGUUUCAGUCCAAGAUGGACUUUUGCACUAAUUUCACUUUAUCUCAUCUCAGUUCAGCUUACAUGGAGCUAGUACGCAAGUAUUUUAUCCUCGCAACAAUUAUUCAUGACUACAUGUAAGGCUAGUGAAAAGUUUGGAUACAAGUGCACCCCAUAAGAUUAUCUAGCUUGCACAGCCUUCGCCAUCCCGUAUGCCGCAGCAGAGGCAACAGCACCAAUAAUAGUAGUCUGGACAGCGCUGAGGAACGGGCGGUUCCCAGUAAACCGACCCUUGAUGUAGCCAAAGAAAAGGAGCGCGAGCAGCGUGACUCCAACUGAUGUGAGCAUGGCGUCCUGGACCGUGG